AUGUUGAUUGUUGAUUAUCCCGCAGCAAUCAAGACUGCUGAGAAGAAUAGGCACAAGAAUAGCGAAUUUGACGGUGUCAAUGCAGAUCGACAACGCCUUAGGAAAGCGUGCGAGAUAAAGAGAGAAUCUAACCUCGCGGACAAUAUCAGGUCCCUCACUUUGGAUAGUCACGUGAGUUUGCUAUCGCUCCGCCAAAAAAUCGCAGCAACAUUUCACAAGUUCGAACAUCCAGUCGUCUCAGAACCCAGUCUUGCAAUGGCGUCCUCUAUUUCGAACGCUCCGCUGCUCUCAGCAGCUCGAACGCGUAGCGCUAUCCUCUCGUCGUAUCCGUCAGUCGCUUCCUCGCAAUGCCGACAGUUCUCACUUUCUUCCCAACGCAACCGCGAAAUGCGAGGCAUGCCACAAACUUUGUCGGUAAAGCAGCCCGCACAACCCAGUAUGAGAGUAAGAGGGCAGGGCAUGUCACGAGCCGAUUUGCCCCAGGAUAUUGGACUGCUACCGGGAACCUUCAUAAAGCCAUUGUGGCGGGAUAUGCCGUCCAUCUUUCAACAACCGAAAGAGCGCUUACAUUAUGAAUGGCUGUGGCUGAAGUCAUGGUUCCAAAACUUCCUAGGCAAGACGGAUGGUAGAGGGCUCCCGCUACGAUUGAAGGAAAGACGGCAAGUAGCCCGCGAAAUGCACCAACGGAUGUACUCUGCAUUCGCUAAAGGAGAUUCCGCUACACUGCGCAACAUCUGCUGCACCGGCCUCGCAAAUAACCUUAUUGGUCGCAUCGAAGCCCGCCGCAAAGGCGAGAAAGUAACCUGGUCUCUGGAUAAGUACAUCCGCUCCCCGUCAACCUGGUUCACUGGUAUGCGUGUCGUCUCCGACCGCGCUACUCAAAUUCCCGAGCUUCCCGAUUCCGGCGUGCGCCAGGUUGUCCUCCGCAUCACAAGUCGCCAGUCAACAGGCAAGGUCAAGCCGCAAAUACCAGGAGUUGCUGUCUCGGCCGAGAACGCCGUCAAGCAGCAGGACUGCACGGAAUACAUUGUUCUUCAAAAACUCCGAUGGAUGGGUGAAGAGGAGAGUUGGCGCAUUUGGGGUCAUGCCACCCCAACAUCUGUCGACGAUCUCAGCAGUCCUUUCUUUGCCACCGGAAUGUCAUUCGCCGACCGUUAUGAGGCGAUGAAAGACGCAGCAAUGGGAUUGAGGAAGUAAUCCUGCUAGGCCUGUUUUCCCAACUCAUGGCUUUUGUACAAGGAAGCCGCUUCCGGCCCGAGACCUUUAUAUUGGCAUAUAAUAUUGCCCUACCCCACUCCAACGCGACAUAGGACUGUUCAUAUGAAACCUAUGUUUCCUGGAUAUCUGGCACAUAACGGACUUCGAAACGUUGUUUCAAUCCAUUCCACCGGCGUUCACUCCGGUCCUUCGUGGCUGGCCUACUUGAUAGUUUUACGAGCGUUUUGUCAUGGCGUCUCAUAUUGUACUAUACUCCGCUUUUCAGAAAUAUGCCUUUCAGAUCUUGUACUUAUCUACUGUACUCUUGAACCUCAAUCACAAAAAUUGAAGAUAUACCAUAUG